AGAGUUAAUGUUUCGGCUGGAACGGCCCUUCCUCGGAACUGGACCACACUCGGGGCAUUUUGGAAAUGGAUGAAAGCAGUAUAAAGCCGCAGGCAGUGGGUUUUGUGGGGAAUGCUUUGGGCUAUAUUUGCAUCAAUCAAUAGCACAGAGCAGCGCCAGGAAUGCUGGAGAAACUGAAAACAAAAAGUGAGCCUUCUUCAAACGUUAACUCUGUGUUUCCCUCUGGACAGAAGGUGCCGGCCGUGCUGAGUUUCAGUUUGGGUUGGUGUGCAGUUAGCUCUCCCCCUGGUUGGAGCAGGAGGCAGGGAGGGCUGCGUCCGCUUCCUGCUCUGUGCUGGCAGCGUGCCGCUGUUGCCUGGAGACAGUUUGUUACACCGGCCCAGCUGAUGGUGACUGGAGACCAGCUCCCAGGGGUGGAGCGGGUAGGGGGAAUGCUGUGUUCACCACAACUCACUCCAGCAGAGAGACAGAGAGAGAGAGAGAGAGUUCCCACUCGGCUUGUUAUUUCCCAGGCAAACCUCGGUGAAACCAUGGCUUCUAGGAGUGCCGGGACCCUCAUAACUAACUACAAUGCGACAUACAUUCCUCCUGCCUUAAUGCCAGGAUACCGUGGUUAUGUCCCGACCAUAAAUUUUACAUAUGGUGAUACUUAUGGAAAUGCUACCAGGAAGUACUUCCAAGAUUUCCGUCUCUCAGCUCUGAAUACAAGUCAGAGUCCUUACAGCAAAGGAGGGCAAUUUCCAACAGUUUACUCCAAUGACCCCACUCUUGUAAUAGCGGAUCGGUCUCACAACUGGAAUAGAUGGUUAUUCGGUCCCAAAUGGUCCAGGUAUGAUGUGGAUUUUGACAGAAAUGAAGAAUUGAAAAAGUUUGAUAAGUUAGCCCAACAACACCGGGAGAACUACAAGGAUAAGACAGGCACUAUACCCAGAGUUGAUCAUUUUGUGAUGGCUGGAACAGAGGUGGACAAAUUCCCUUGUUUACCGAAUAUCCAAAGAAACAAAGAUUUGUGUCCUUCCCCGGACUAUAUGGCUUGGCCACGUGAAUAUUUGGAAAAACUUUGCAAAGAUAAUUUGGAGGUUGCUCUGUGCAUCCCUUCGAAAGGACAGGCAGGGGGUGCUGUGGCUGCACUACCUUACCUUCACUGUCCAAAGCUGGAUGGUAGGAUGCUCUUCGGUGCUAAUGGGCCAACAUCACAAUUACGAUGCAGCCCCCAAAACAUCCCUGACUACCAAGCAGGAUAUGAUCGUAAAACAUUUUUGUGCGAGGACAAAUGAAUGAUUAUCUACAAACGAAACUUUACUAUGAAGCUGUUGGCUGGAUUGAAAUAAAGCAUG